CGCAGAAGUGUUUGAGAAUACGAACUUUAAAGUCACUGUCCUUUUGUUAUCCUUCCGCUAUCUCAGUCUCUCUCUCUCUCUCUCUCUCUCUCUCUCUCUCUCUCUCUCUCUCUCUCUCUCUCUCUUAUGCCUCCGCCCUUCCCAUCACACCUAAUCACUCCAUCAACAAACAACAGGCUGUCCUCACCACAUCCCUCCUCCCUCAUGGUCGUCCUAUAAUUGACUAAUCCAUCGCGUCCUGCAUAGAUACACCCCUCGCCUCCCAGCCAACGUUUCCGCCAGGAUGAACGGCGAGAGCAAACUUGAAGAUCUCCUCUCGCAGCUUGGCACCGGGACAUGGAACUUACUGUACUUCUGCGGUGCCGCCUUCUGGUACAUGCUGAUCCCGCCCCAGACCUUCUCCUCGGUGUACCUGGCACCAAGCGUCAACUACACUUGUAUUCCGCCUUUCGGACACAACGUCUCGCAUAUCUCAGAAGACUCAUGUAGCUACGUCAGGUUCACUUCGGAGGGUCUGCAGGAGGAACAGUGCUCGGAGUGGCUUUAUGAUGACCCAGUAUUCGAUAGCACCCUCACUUCGCAGUUCAAUCUGGUGUGCGGGCGAGCCUACCUGCGUGCCACCUACCAGAGCAUGUACUCCUUCUCGUCCAUCGCCGGUUCCCUCGUCAGUGGAUUUGCUGCCGACAAAUACGGGAGGAAGCCAGUGGUGGUCGUGUCCCAGAUACUGUAUGCUGCCACUGCCAUCGGUAUCACCUUCCUGCCGAGCUUCAAUGGUAUUCUGGCCUUCCGCUUCAUCCUGGGCACUCUCGGCACUCCUACCUUCUACAUGAUGGGCAUGGAGGUGUGCGAGACGAAGUGGCGUUCUCUGGUGGGUAUCGUGAUGGCGCUGCCGUGGGCCAUUGGAACCAUGAUGUGGGGCGGCGCUGGCUUCCUCAUUAGAGACUGGUACUGGCUGCAGCUCCUCGUCUCCCUCCCCACGCUGCUGGUCCUUCCUGUGCUGUUCAUAAUUGACGAGUCCCCACGCUGGCUUAUUGUGACGGGGAGACACGAGGAGGCGCUGAAGGUGUUGCGUCGCGCCUCCAGACUCAACAAAACCACUCUGCCCUCUGAUAGUCAACUCAUGUCUAUGUUUAAGGAGAUCGAGCAUGAGAACGAGAAACCAAUUGUGAAGGCAGACAGUAUCACCAGCUUAGGAGUGAUCGGGGGAGGGGCAGGACGUUGCGCUCUCUCCUGGCCCAAACUGCUGAGCACCAACAAGAUGCGAAUGGUGAUCCUGGCGCUUACUAUCAACCUCUUCAUCUCGUCUCUGGUGUACUGCGGCUUGAGUCUCAGCGGAGCCACUUACAGCACAGACCCUUUCCUGUACAUGGUGCUGAGUGGGUUGAUGGAGGCGCCCGGCUACUCCCUCACGGCGCCAAUUAUCAAGAAGUGGGGCAGGAAGGUUCCCACUAUGAUUGGAUUUGUUAUUUGUGGGGUUGUUAUCCUCUCCCUCGCCUUCAUUCCUUCAGAGAUUUCGUGGCUGGUGAUGACGUUUGCUUUGUUGGGCAAGCUCACCAUCAGCGGCUCCUUCAUGAUCCUCUUCGUCUACGAGGCUGAGCUGCUGCCAACCGAGGUGCGGCUUAUGGGUCUGGCAGUGACCAUCAUCGCCGCUAACCUGGCCGGGAGCUUCUCUGCCUACAUUGCUGACUACCUGAGUCCGCUGGUGCCGUGGCUUCCCUCUGUCAUCUUCGGCGUUUCCUCCUUCGUGGCUUGUUUGAUGCUGAUUCCUCUGCCGGAGACGCUAGGAAGGCCACUGCCGGACACUAUAGAGGACCUGACGAGGCUGUGGAGGAGCAAGGGAAAGAAACUCGACCGCACAGGAGAUGAUGACAGUCAGACGGAGAAGCUGACGGCGUAGUGGUGGCGGGGCGUGUCUCGCUUGUGUUUGUGUGGGGAGGAGGCGGAGGAUCACACUCAAACUCGUAUUCUCAAAUUUUUCUGUGCUUCACCUACACUAUUUCAAAAGGCUUUAUUUAAAUUUACAAGUGUUUCUUAAGGUGUUUUAAGGGUAUGGAGGCAGAUUGACAAGAUUUCUACAUUAUUAAUUGUAGAAACACCCUUGAAAACCCUGCUAUCUCCGUGGCCUUGGAAAAUAGUCGUAGUGAGAGAGCAAAGCGUUUCUGAAUACGGCACUCAGUCUCCAGGCCUUUAUUUUCUGUAUGGAUUCCUUUUCCUUUCAAAGUCCAGGAGAUGAAUCUUGCCCGUUGUGUUUGGUUAGAUGGCGGAGAGAAGAGUGACUGAGGUAGUGUGUGCUCAUUUAGGUACUUUUAUUUACUUUUUUUUUCAGUUAUAUUCAAAUCAGUAUAGCAUUUUGAAACCAGAUAGUAAACAAGUUGUUAGUAAAUAAGUUGUUGUUUCGCAUCAUCAUUAUUCUCUUCAGUGUCAUACUUCCGGUAUGUCUGGUGUCCGGGUAUGGACUGCUCAACUGUAGUACAACUGUAUGUGUGUGUGUGUGUGUGUGUGUGUGUGUGUGUGUGCAUGCAGAGGCGUUCCUUACAUUCAGGCAAUCCAAACAUUUGCUUAGCAAGAGCCCUGCGAGUUCCAACGGAUUUGAUACAAUGUCACUGCACACAGCUGUAUUGUGAAAAGGUGUAGACCUCAUGAAUUUGGCUGUCUGAAAUGCUCUGAACGGGUCUCUUGAAUCAAACUCGCCGCUCGUUGCAUGUCCUCAGGGCCUCAUACAAUAUUUUGCUUGGGGCCCCUGGGCAACCUAGAAACACCACUGUGUGUGUGUGUGUGUGUGUGUGUGUGUGUGUGUGUGUGUGUGUGUGUGUGUAAAGUUUUACUUAUUCAGUGUUCAGUUUAGUACAAUGGAAAGGGAGGAGUAGUAGCUGGUGGCAGAAAGAUGUUAAUGGAGGAUGAAAGAAGGAACACAAAGGAGUUUCAAACUUUAGUAUCUAUGUUGGUCUUUACGAGGAUGUUUGUGAGUGAGUUCGCUAACAUACAUUGAAGCAAAUGUAGUAUCAUAGCCGAUGACUCCUUCAGGAAAAGAAGUGCCUGGCAUCAUUAGCGUAUGCAGUACAAUUAUAGGAAUGAGUCGUGGAAGGUUAGUUGAUCACCUCGACCCUUUGAAUCUCGAGGACGAGGCUUCGAUCUGUUUGAAUCAAAUAAAGCCGUCCGUGUCCACACUAUCGAACAGUGCUCGGCUGACAAACACUGUUGCCAUGGCUCGUGUGAUACACUCUGCCAGUUUGAGUGGCGGACACAAUGACGUCUGAAGCAGGGAAACGAUGGGCAGGGCUCUGAUCUCUUUUUUUUUUUCACACAAACUCUAAUUAAUAAUUAUGCAACACAAGGCUAUUGUUUUCUUAUCUGUUGUGCUAUGCGUAGUUAGACAGAUCUCACACUUUGUCAUCCUAUGAGUGUAUAGUGAAUGACCUGAACUGCUCCGCUUAAUCACCUCUCGAACGGCGUGGAGUAGUAAAUGAGACUACAGGCAUGCAGACGUUGCCCGGUGAGGGAAGAACCUGACGGGCUGUGUCCAUGAGUGAAGGGUUUCCAGUGACCUGUAGCACUUUGUUGCCACAUCAGUGUCCCUGAUUUUUACGUUGCUGAAAUCAGUGUAACCAGUGAUGUGAUGUCUUUGAUGAGAAUACAGACUAACGUUGUGGGUGUAUGGCAGGAUUAGAAUGUUACGCUUAGGAACAUGGAUACGGAUUAGGUCAGAGGACAACAUCUAUAUCAGGACUAGGGAGGCAUUCAUGAAAACCCAACCAGUAAUUUUUGUUGUUUAUGAUAGCAGUCCUGAUGAAGGAGGAAGUAAUACAAAUUUCUAUAAAGGUUCCUAAACGUUUUGUAAAUUCUUAACUUCCAUUUUCAAGUGCUGCAGAAAUAAAGAUAUUUUAAUGAGUA